GAGUUGAUUUUCUUUGUGUUUUGUUUAUUAAACUUUUAAGUUUUAAGUUUUUAAAUUUGAUUUGAACUCUUGAGACUUGAGUCGUGACUUAGAUUAAUAUCAACGGAAUAUAACAUUUAUUUUUCAUUAGACCUGUUAUAUAUUAUUUGACCUGAUUAGUGCCUUAGACCUGUUUUAGUUUUCAAUAAUUAAUUACAAUUUGCUAUGCACUAUAGACUAUAGCAUAAUAAUAAUAAUAUAUAGUCCAGUUUCCAGUUACAACAAUUACGGAUUGUGACGAUGGGUGACCCAGUAACAACAAGUGUGAGUGGACCUUUACUGGAGCAGAGGGUUUGGAAAAUUAUUGUGGUGGGUGACAUGAGUACUGGUAAGACUUCUAUCAUUGAACGGUACUGUGACAAGCAUUUUAUAGAAUACUAUCGACCUACGGCAGGUAUUGAUUUUAAAAAAAAAACUAUCAAUUUUGAGAACAAAAGCAUCGUUUUAAAUAUUUGGGACACUGCUGGAACUGAAAAAUAUCAAUCUUUAAUUCAAUUGUACUACAGAGGAGCAAUGGGGUUAUUUAUAAUCUACGAUGUUACAAACAUAAAUUCUUUACAUAACUUGGACACAUGGAUGAGAAAUAUUGAUGAUUUUGCUCCUUCAAAUGUGGUAAGAAUUUUGAUUGGUACUAAAUGUGAUUUGGAAUCAAACAGAAUGGUGUCGACCGAAGAAGGGAAACUGGUAGCAAAACAUUUUGGAAUACCCUUUUUUGAAGUAUCUUCUAAGAACAAUAUAAACGUGGAUGAUUCAUUUUUUAAAAUGGUAUCUAUGAUAUACGAGAUGGAAUCUGAAAAUACUAUUAAAAAGGAUUUUGUAAUCUUAGAAGACAAACCAAUUGCUUGUGACAUUGACACUCCAUCCAAAUGUAACUGUUGAUUUGAGAGGUAAUGUAAUAUUUUAUAAGGUAAUUUAAUUAAAUGUAAUCUCAAGUUUUAAUUAUUAU